AUGUCCGAAGGGCCCCAAGAUGCUUGCCCCGAGGCCAAGCGGAGAAAAGUCCGUAAAGGCACCCAAAGCUGUUGGGAGUGCAAGCGAAGGAAAGUCCGAUGCAUCGCGUCGCCCGAAAACACUAGCUGCAAUAACUGUCGAAGACGAGGCACUGCUUGUAUCAGCCAGGAGCUCCCAGAUACUCCAGGACCGCGUGUUGGUGAUCAGAUCGACUCUCGGCUCGGUCGGGUGGAGGAGCUUAUCGAAAUCCUAGCUCAUAAUUCAGCAUCCAACUUAGCACAAAGAUGCACGACCGAAAAUAGUAUAUCUCAUCAGACUUUGACAUCACAUGAAUAUGAGAAAAGGGCCCAGCAAAGAUCGCUACCGCCAACAAGCCUUACACCUAAUCCUCAGGAUGAAAGCAAUAAUACUCAACAAGAACCUUUAUCGGGUGCUUCUCGGGCUUGGGAAAGAAGAUGCUUUGGCAAAUACGAGGAAGUGACUCGGCAACUAAUCGCGGCAUGGCCCAAGCAGGAUGAUCUUGAUUUCAUCUGUACACUUCCAGGUGGCCCUGCAAUGCGUCUGACGGACGGAAUACUACAAUCAUGCUCUAAUACCCCAGGACGCUUGCAAUCGCUCAAAGAAAUACUCCAACUACCUCCAUCAGGCUCGCAUCCGGUUCUAAUUGCUCGUAAGCUUUUCAUGCUUGGAACAUUCCUCCACGGAGUUUCCCCAUCGAAGAUGCAAGAACUAGGGAGUCGCGGAGCACUUUACAAUGAUAUAAGGUCUCGAGUUAUCGACACGGCCAUCAGGCUCGUAACUACAAACGACGAGCUCACUUGCUCUGUCGAGGGAAUCGACUGCAUCAUGAUGGAGUCUCUAUACCACAACCACGUCGGGAAUCUCCAUCGGGCGUGGAUGGCAGUGCACCGGGCUAUCGCAGUGGCACAGAUGAUGGCCAUACACCGUGGUCUCGAGUCCCCGUCUCUGAAGUUCAUCGAACCUGCAACCCGGGCAGCUUUCAACGAAGGCCAGAUCUGCUUUCGCUUAGUCCAGAUGGAUCGGUACCUCUCCCUUAUGCUCGGUCUACCACCAACAUCCCUUGAAGCCACUUUUGCUACGCCCGAGGCCUUGGCGGGAUGCAAUCCCACGGAGCGUCUGGAACGCAUCCACUGUGUAGUUGCUGAGAAUAUUCAGCGACGAACCGAGGCCGACCUGGGUGAUUUCACAAAGAUUCACCAAGACGACAAGCUUUUACAAGAUGCGGCCGCCGAUAUGCCGGCUCAGUGGUGGCUCACACCUACUUUUGUACCCAGUAACAAUGACGCCGAGCUACUCGGCGACACCGUCCGCCUCAUGAAUCAGUUCUCACAUUACCACCUGCUAAUCCGACUACAUUUACCCUAUAUGCUGCGCACUUCAGCCAACCACCGAUGCGACCAUAGCAGAGUCACAGCACUCAAUGCCAGCCGAGAGAUUCUGUCCCGAUAUCUAGCCUUCCGCAAUUCAUGCCCUGUCCACUUCUACUGCCGCGGCGACGAGUGUCUCGCUUUUAUUGCCAUAGUUGUCCUGUGUGUCGCCCAUAUGAACUCGCGCUCGCGCAAGCAGUUUCCGCAACCCUCCGAGCCUCGCGAAACUGAUACCGUUUUUAAUUUCCUCGCGCACAGUCGGCCUAGCGACCGCGCCAUGAUGGAGCGCACGACGGAAAUCAUGACAUCUACUGCCAGCCGUGGUCUUGAUGGGAUCACGUCCAGACUUGCACAAAUUAUCCACCAUCUGCUUGCCAUCGAGGAAAACUGCGCCAGUGGGACCUUAUACAGUACAAGCGCCUCUAAGGGCAGCGAGAGGGAACUCGAAUUCUUCGGCAAAUUAACAGACGAUGGCAAGGCUCUCCACAUCUAUAUUCCCUACUUUGGAAGAAUCAACUUUGAACGUCGAGCUAUCCCUGCCUCUGAUAGAGCCGAGAAAAGCUGUGGAGAGCCAUCGCUACCGAGCUCAGGCUGUCAAUUUGCGGAUCAAAGUGAAAAUAAUUUCGACAUCACCAACCAACCACUGACAGGGAUGCCGCAGUUUGAACAGUUACCAUCUCCCAAAUCUAAUGUAUCCCCGGAGAUAAAUGGCGACUUUCUACGUGAUCAAGUAUAUGAGCCAAUGGACCCUUCUUGGGUGGAUGAUUGGGAUCUACAGGGGAUCGACAUAGGUCUUUUUGACGGUCUCUUUCGAGGGACAGAUAUUUUCAAUCUAGAUGAACAGACAUGGGGGUAG